GAACGUAAGCUAGCCAAGGCACUCAAAGACCCAGAACUCGAGGAAGAUGAGUCAGAGGACAAGAAAGUUACUACUGCAGAACGACGCCGGUGGAUAAGACAGGCCUACAAAAAGCCGUUGGCUGCUGCUGGCGUGCGGAAUCCGCCACCAUUGCCGGACAAAACAAGUACAAAAAGUCCCGCUUCGGUAAAUGAGAUUGAAUGUGAACUGGCACGCGAGAAAAGGUUGCGAAAACUAGCCACUAGGGGUACGAUAGCCCUAUUCAACUCCGUUCGUCAGCAUCAGUCCACAUUGGAAUCACAUCUGAAUAAAUCGGACUUACUUGAGACACAGAAGGAACGCAUUCUGACCGAGAUUACCACAUCCGAUUUUCUUGACCGUCUUUCGGCCGGAAUUCCCAAAACCAAACCGGAGUCAGGUGCAGCUUCAUCGAAUCUACCCCAAAAACAGUCCACCAAAGCAGACAAUCAUUCUACAACAAAAGACACUUCUGUCCAACCCCCUCCCGUUAAACGUUUGGUGAGUGACUGGCGUCUGCAUAAUGUAAUUUUCCGCUUCGUGAGAAUGUUACUCACGAAAUCUUGA